AGUCUGCUCAGAUAAACUUGAGCCUGGCAUAUCUCCAGACUCCAGUGUGAUGGUGGGUCUGAAGGAAGAGAAACAAAACCAGAAGUGAGGCUCAUAAGAGGGUUAAAAGCUCCCUGGGAACUGUUAAGACUCCAGCAAAGUGAGAGCUCAGCCUGCGAGCUCCAGGAGGUUUGCCCAGCGCCCGACGAUAAAGGCAGCGGCAAGAGGAUGUUGGGGAUCAGUGAAUUUUUUGUGGCUCUGGUUGCGUUUCUCUUGAUUGUGCAGUUUCUGAAGCUGCAAUGGGUAGGCAGGCGGCUUCCCCCUGGACCAACUCCCCUCCCCUUCAUCGGGAACUUGUGGCUGUUGGGAUUUAAACUUCAUCCUGAGACUCUCGAGAAGUUGGCACAGAUUCAUGGGAAGAUCUUCACCUUGUGGUUGGGACAGAGCCCUGUGAUUGUAUUGCAUGGAUUCCAAGCAGUGAAAGACGGUCUAACCACCAACCCUGAAGAUGUUUCUGGCCGGCCAGCAAUGCCUUUCUUCAAUGAAAAGGCCACUGAAAAGGGUAUCGUUAUGACAAGUGGUCACACCUGGAAGCAGCAGAGACGCUUUGGGCUGAUGACCCUGCGGAACCUGGGGCUGGGCAAGAAAGGUCUGGAGCACCGAAUCCAGGAGGAGGCCCAUCACCUGGUGGAGUACUUUAUGAAUGAGAGAGGACAGCCCUUGGACCCGAGCAUCUUCUUCAGCCAAGCUCUGUCAAAUGUCAUUUGUGCUGUGGUUUUGGGACAUCGCUUCUCUGCUGACGAUGAGACCUUCCAGCAGCUGAUUAAAGCCAAUGCCUGUUUGCUCAUAUCUGCGAGCACCCUCAGCGAGAGACUGCACAAUACUUUCCCCUGGCUCAUGGACCACCUCCCAGGACCUCACAAGAAGGUGCUGUCCUCCCAUGGGUUUCUGUAUUGUUUUGCAAAGGAAGAGAUCAGACGCCACGAGGAGAGUGGGGUACCAGAUGAGCCACAGGAUUUCAUUGACUUCUACCUGGCACAGAUGGUCAAAUGCAAAGAUGACCCCACCUCUACAUUUGAUGAAGGUAACCUGAUUCAGACUAUCCUGGACCUCUUCAUAGCUGGUACAGAGAGCACAGCCACGACCCUGCGCUGGGCACUGAUCAGCCUGGUGCUUCAUCCCCACAUCCAAGAGGAGGUCCAGAAGGAGCUGGAUGCUGUGUUGGGUCCUUCCCAAUUAAUCUGCUAUGAGGAUCGGAAGAACCUACCCUAUACCAAUGCCGUGAUUCAUGAGAUCCAGCGCUACAGUUGCAUUGCCCCGGUCGGAGUCCCCAGACAAUGUGUGAAGGAUACAACACUCUUGGGGUUACCUGUCCCAAAGGGCACUGUCAUCUUGCCAAAUAUAUGUUCCGUCUUGUCUGAUCCUGAGCAGUGGGAGACACCUCACCAGUUCAACCCGACUCAUUUUCUGGAUAAGGAUGGAAACUUCAUGAGCAGAGAAGCGUUCUUACCAUUCUCAGCAGGGCACCGUGUGUGUUUGGGGGAGCGCCUGGCAAGGACUGAGCUCUUCAUCUUCUUCACCAGCCUGCUGAGGGCAUUCACGUUCAGGCUGCCGGAGGGAGUGACUGAAAUUAACACUGAGCGUAUUUUGGGGGGCCUAUUACAACCGCACCACUAUAAGAUCUGUGCUAUUCCUCGCUAGGCUGCAGCAAGUCACAGACGACCAGGAAACCCAAUAGGCAGGUGUUUCUCAUAGUGAAUUUCCAUAAGUAAACAAACUAUAAAACAAAGAAUUGUGGCACCUGGCGUUAUUUAUGGCUGACCAGGAAUCUGACUGCUGGGAGGGAGAAUUGAGAGAGGGUUAGUCUAUUGUAAUGCAAGGCUGGUAGGGUUUUUAAAAAUCUCCUAAUUAUGAGAUUAGCGUAGUGGGUGUGUGUGGUGGGUGAAACCCCAUCAUGGGCUAAAGAAGGUUAAAAGGUAGCUAGUCACGUUGAUUACACCUGCACCCUGAUUAAUUAGCUGCUUCUCAGCGAGAGGUGCCGGGAGGGAGAGGCAACAGGUGAUAACUUAGUGGAUACCUGGCCCCCAUAAAAGGGGCAAGAGCUUGGUCUGAUGGGAGGAAUAACAGAGAGAUGUCUGUGAAGGGGCCCCGAGCCCCAGUCUGCAGGAGAAUAGAUGUCUGGGGAAGGCUCAGUACUGGAGCUGGGGAGCCAGCCCAGAGAGGGGCACGGAAACAGAGCUUGGAGGGUGAUGUGGGGGCACGUGGACGAGAACCCUGGCAAGGAGAAGCUCUAAGGACAGGGGGCGUUACGACAGGGAGUUCGAUCCCUCGCAGCUGCGAGAUGAGAGCUGACCAGAAGUUGGAGAGAAGGGCAGCAGUCAAAAGGACAGGAGGCAAGAACCAGAAGGGAAAAGAGGAACAUAUGGCCGCUGUUAUCCAGGCUGUGUUUUAGCUGGUUAAUUGUUAUCUAGGCCCUAAUUGCCACACAAGGGGUUGGCUGGAGCCUGUCCCUGGAGAAUUUCCCCUGCUGAGAGGGACUCUCCAUAGGCAUGAUACUGGCAGGGACAGUCUUAGUCAGCUGCCCUUCCCCUACCAGUGUAAUGGGGUGAGGAGAACGGGGAGGGGGCAUGUGCCCAAGCCUCGACUGGCGCAAUCUCAGUUAUCGAGCAGUAAAAGUUAGCAUAGGUCACAGCUACUCUAACUUCCAUCAGAGCAGGGAGGCAGAGGAUCAGGGAGCCGGGACCAGCUCCCUCUGGCUGCUGCUGUCCUACAGCACUGCGCAGCGUCGGUGUACUGGAGAUCUGGAGCCUAGCGUGUGUGGUUGGAAUACGGUUUCAAUCUGCCACACUCUAAUCCAUUGUCCUGGUGCUGCCAAAGCCCAGAGGCUCAAGAGCUGUCAAUUCUAUUGGUUUUCAGCUGCCUGCUAGAGCUGGGCAAAAUGUGGGGGACGAAUCGCUUAUCUGGGGACAUAUGCCAUUUCAGUCAACUUGGAAUGAUUUGUGAAUUUGAUACAAAUUCAGUGUAGUUUUGGCCAACACCAUUUGGGAGUUGGGGGAGAGGACUUAGGAGCUGUACAGAAAAUGGGGGAAGAAGUGAUGUGCCAGUGACCCCUUUAUAAUCUUUAGCCCCGGGGUCAGAGCUGUCAGCUGGGAUGUGUGAAACCUGGGUUCAAUUCCCCCUUCCACCCAAUGUGGCACAAGGAUUUGAACUUGCCACAUCCCUGCCCAUCUCAGGAGCAUGCCCUGGGCUAUGGAGCAUCCUGGGAUGUGGGGGGAGGGGGGUCUUUCAAUCUCUCCCGUCAAUGCUGUUCUACUUGGUGUAAAUAAAUAGUUGUUGGAGCAGGGACUUGGGACCCCCCCCAUGUCUUAGGGGUGUGGCCUAACCAUCAGCUGAGUCCUUUUCACUUGCGGGUCCAAUGACGAAUCUUUUAUCUGAAGUGGAACAGCUUCCAAAGGAGAGAUUGUGAGACCAUCUGUGUCUAGCAGUUUGAUUGCUCACCUGUGAAGGCUGGAAGACCUGGGUCCAAGACCCUUGCUCCAGAGCAGGGAUUUGAAGCUGGGGGUCUCACACAAGCCAGGUAAGUGCUUUAACCACUGGGCCACAGUCAUCUCAUUCUUUGUCCCACUGACUAUUUAAAUUCAUACUCAGUGGAAUGGCUUCAACAUGAACCACUGAGAGAAACCUGCCCCCGAAUACCUCAUAGCCCAGCUGCCAGGGCAUUUUCCUGGGAUUGGAAGACAGCAGGGCUCUAGGGAAGUCCUGCCUCUUUCCCCACACAUGCUCAGAGAAGCAGUCCUGCCUCUGCCAGUGCCAAGCUGCAGAGGCACGUCCAGCAUUAAGAGAGCAUGUUGCAAAAGCCAGGACAUGUGCUAAGACCACACAUUUGAAGCCCUUAUCACUUUGACAGGUGUGACCUGCUUUCCCCAGCUCGCUGGAAGUCCCUCGGUCACAGAUGUGCCUCUCUCCCUGGCAGAUGUCAGGCUUCCAUCAUACAGCGUCCAUGUGCUGGAGCUGUUACAAAUAUUUUUCUUUGCAAUUUUUUUAAUGCAUAUGUGGAGGUUUUUUCCACUUUUCAGCCCUGAAAAUCACUGACCCUGGCGGUCCCUUGUAACCCUAUGAUUCUACGACCCAGCCUUCCCAGAAAUUCUUCUCACACAUGUCCUAGUAGAUGUGGUCACUCCCUGAACUCUUAUCCCCUGAAACUAGCUGACUCUACUCUGUCUUCUUUCCCCACCAGCAAUAUUGUUUAUUGUGCCUCUCAGGACUCCGAGGCCAAAGAGUUCAAAAGCGGCCAUGGAUUUGGGCCGUCUCAGAUUUUGGGAGCCCAGCUUGACACACCUAGGACUGAGUUUUUUCAGAGGCACUGAGAACCCAAAAUCAGCAGAAGUCAUGGGAGCUGUAGACGCUCAGGGCUGCUCCAAGAUAUGCGACCCAAGACAGCUCAAGGAGAGCUGGGCCAAAUUUUUUCAUGCAAAAUCU